GCCAUGGCAUGCAAAUGUUUGGUGACGUUUGGCGACAAGAACGUCGCUGUGCCUUUUGUUGGCCCUUGGAAGCGCGCACAGCUCUUCGAAUACCUGAAGCGUGAGCGGGCAUUCGCCGGUAUAGACUUCGGCAGCGCAACACUGACGGUUUUUGAUGCCGACUUUGGAUUGCAUGUCGAUGUGGCCGAUGACUUUAUCAUUGAGGACAAGUCGAAGUUGGAGAUAAAGGAAGGGAGCCAGUAUCGGUACCCAGGAAAGCUAUAUGAAGAGGCAGCGAGAAACUUCAUCACAAUGUUCCCCAGUCUGGCUGACUCAACAGGAACUGGAUAUGACUCCUGGCGUGUGCAGCUCCGUUUUAAAGCAAAAUAUCAAAGGAGAAAGCUAAAGACGCAAGAUGAGGCCGCUGGUUCUCUGCCUCUCAAAAGAACCAGGAACACUGAGGAGGUCACACAGAAGCGAGUCUCUCGGCCAUCUCUUGCUCAUGACAUGGGCGAUGCUGAGGAUGACAUGAGCCUGCUCAUGCAUGUGGAGUCCAUGCAGAAAGAGGCAAGGAAAGCCUCUCCGGACACCUCUUACCUCUUAGAUGCUAUGAUGCGCACAUUUGCCGACAGGAGAAAGUGGAUUUCGGAAGAAACGCCAAGUGUCAAGGAGAUUGUCGAAAAAUAUCCUGCCCUUGCUGUUGGCUCCGUGGUCCUCCAGGAAUUUAAAGCAAUCACUAAUGUGACCCUGCUUGAUGUAUUGAGAGGAGUCCUUGACCCAAUAGCACACAAAAUUUUUGAAUGUGCGCAGAAGAAACGCCACCUUGAAGAUUUUCUCAUAGGGCUGGAGAAAAUUAAAGAUGGCAUCCCCCAGCCGGAGCAGAACGACUUGAUGCUCACCGCGGCCAUAUUUGUGCUGCCCAGCCUGGUGAAGGAACGGAUUGAGGCGUUUGUGUGCAGUGGCAAGCCUGGAGCGGUGCAUGUUGUGCCAACCGUCACCCACACCGACAACAUACUGGAGGUGCAAGAGUUUACGGUCCAGCUGGAAGCGCUGGAGAUCCAGGCGCCCAACCUUCUACAAGCAGUCGCCACACAAAUGGCAUUGUAUUGGACUUUCAAUAUUGUUUUUUGUGCAAAAGCACAGAAAACUUUCGACCUUCUGUGCCGCCUGAUUGGCAUAAGCAGUGGCAUCCAAGCGACACCACUUGUCCGUGUGGCACAGACCUUGCUGCAGCAGUAAUGUUGCUUCAAAAGUAAACUAUUUUUCACU